UGUCAAUUUCUCAUCUGUCCCCAUGUGAAUCAGAGCGGAAGAUGUGGUGGGUGGUGUCUGUCUUAUUCUUGGUGCAAAUAGCAUCUCCAAAACCUACGGCUGAUGAUGCCGAAACUGCCAGACAGCCGCGCCAUCUGGACUUUGGGGAAUGCUGCCCUUGUCCCGAUAAUACUGAGUCCUUUACAAGUCAAGGCCGUUGGCUUCCUCAAAAUGGAAGGAAUUUAGAACACCCAGGGAAUGAGAGAUCAUUUAAUAAUAACGGAUUCUCCAGAUCAGGUAUCGAUGACUGUCCUUGUAGACCUCGAGAAGCUGACUCCGAGGGAUCUUCGUCGAUUUUCUUUCCCUCCGCUUUGCGACCAUCUGGACCUCUAUCGAAGUCCCCAGACUCAAAGGAGGAUCCAAAAAAUCUUUUAGAACCCGAAGUAGGGCUUGCGUCUUCAGUUUUAGAGACUUUGCGUGCGGCGACUGAUGAAGAAUACCGAGAUGCAUUAGCGAGGGAUGCAGCCAGAAGUAGAGCCGCUGAAGACGCCACACCAGAAGAGAGUGCUCAAAACAUUGUAACCAUCAUCCUACCAGAUGCAAGUGAUGAAAAUAUCGUAUCCGAACCGUCUCAUGUACAAGAAUCACGAUGCAUACACCCAUUAGGAAGUACAUUGAGUAGACUGAGAGCUCCGGUAGCAAUAUCACCAUUGCCAGAUAUUUUAAGGUACCUAAAUCAAAAUCUAUCGGUUUGUUACACAGGAACGGUUUAAAUAUGGAUAGUGGUUUUGCAGCUAGCAACGUCCAUGAACGUAUAGCAGAAACCAAUGGACGUAAUAGAAAAAUAAAAGCAAAUCCUAUUAUAAUGAAAAGUGUUAUGGAUGAUGUAUGUGACGCCGGAUCUAUAAAAAAUACUAAUGUGAAGACAAUUUCUUUAUUAGAUAGGCAACAAGAAUCUCCUCUACAUAUGAAUGCCCUAAAAAGUUCAAAUAAUCCAAAAAUAACGAAUAUGAAGUCUGACGGAGAAUGUAAUAGUGAUAUGAAAUCAGCAGCAAGCGGUAUGAAAGAACUAUUUUCCGGUAUCCCUAAUCCAGGAUUGGAUGUCAGUCAGUUAGUGACAGAAAAUGAUCCCUUAAAUCUCAAAAAUCUAUUUAAAUUAAGAGAUGUAGAAUUGA